AUGGUAACACAUCGUAAAAGUUCGAAUCGAAUUAACCCCGAUCGUUUACAAAAUGUAAUUCAACUGUCAAUACAUAGCGUAAACAACAGAACUUCUCAUAAUCAGCCAUUAAGGCAAUCGUUACCCGAGCACAAAUCAAAAACUAUUUCAGCGCGUCACUGGUACGACACAUCAAAAUCGACGCAUAGCGAUAUGCAGGCCAGUAAAAUUUCGAAGAGACAUUCUCAACACCGAAAACGUCGACAUCGAUCACAUGGCGACCAUGUUCUACAGCAAAUGAAUAAUGAUAAACCUGGAAUCGAUACACAAGUUGUUGAAUUCCAUGAUUUUUCUUCACCAGUGCACACAGCUGGUCCAAAAGCAGAAUCACCGCAACCGGUAACGUCACAUUCUGGUAAAUUAGCCGAAACAUCACUUGUACCACAAGAUAAAACUUCAACGAAGAUCCUACGUCAACUACGUCCGCUAUUACCUCGACUACAAGCACGGGUUCGACGACAACUGCCUCAUCUACUACCUCGUCGACAAGCACGAGUAAGCUAUUUUAAUGUUCAUGAUGUCGUUUGUACUCUACUCUGUGUAGGUUCUACAUCAACAACAUCAUCGUCUACUACGUCUACAAGCACUAGUUCUACAUCAACCACUACGUCGUCCACAACGUCUACAAGUAGUAGUAAGUCAUUUCCUCGUUUUGACUCAAGAACUGUAUUCUGCCUCGCGAUGAGAUUAUGUUUACACUGUUUUGUAGGUUCAACAUCAGACACUUCAUCGACUACUUCGUCUACAAGCACUAGUUCAGCAUCAACUACGGCAACGACUACAUCGUCUACAACCAGUAGUACAUCAUUUCCAAUAACUUGGAACUCGACGGCGGAAACAAUAGCUGGCAUAGCAGCAGGCACGGCGGGUGUCACUGCAAAUGAGUUAUAUUACCCUUACGGUAUGGCAUUAGAUUCAGCAAACUCACUCUAUGUUGCUGAUUACCAUAACAAUCGAAUUCAAAAAUGGUUGAGUGGAGCAACAAAUGGAACCACGAUAGCGGGCCAAUCAAGUGGAGUAGCUGGAGCAUCGUCAACUGCCUUAACUAUGCCGGUCGCUAUUGUGCUCGAUUCUGCUAAUAACAUGUAUUUCACCGAUCGAGGUAAUCAUAGAGUGAUGUAUUGGACUAAUGGUGCAUCGUCUGGUACGACUAUCGCCGGCACGACAGGUGUCUCCGGAAGUGCUAACAAUCAAUUUUAUAUGCCUUCUGAUCUGACACGAAUCGCGAGUACUAAUACACUUUACAUCGCCGACACAUUCAAUAAUCGUAUAAUGCGAUAUCUAUCAGGUGCAUCAUCUGGUACUGUAGUGGCUGGUGGCAAUGGAGCAGGAAAUGCAAAUACACAAUUGAACCUUCCAUUUAGUUUUGCCUUUGAUUCAUCAUCAAACAGUUUUAUAAUCGCAAAUUACAAUGCUCAUUCUGUCGUUCGUUGGGUAUUAGGAGCUUCGAGCUGGACACUUAUUGCAGGUGUUGUUGGAUCAGCGGGUAGCACUUCGACAAGUUUCAACGCACCAUUGAGUGUAGUACUAGAUUCCAUGAAUAAUAUGUUCAUUGCUGACACGAACAAUGAUCGUAUUCAAUUCUUCUUGGCUGGCCAAUCAAAUGGCACAACUAUAGCAGGUAUUACUGGCUUGCCUGGUACUGCCCAUACACAACUAAAUGUUCCAUAUUGGGCAAUUAUCGAUAACCAAUACAAUUUGUAUGUGGCUGAUACAUUUAAUGACCGAGUACAAAAGUUUCACUAUUACUAA